GACAAUACGUCCAUGAUCGAGGAUUCUCGUUGAUGAGAAAGCCGGGUUGCAUUCAUCUUGUAUGAGUUGUCGAAUGACUGCGCCACUUCUGAAGUUGCUGGAAUCCCAGGCGCAGGUGGGAGCGAGGACUUUUUUCCGAUCACAUUGCGUGAUUAGCCUCAUCCUCUGCUGACGCCGUGUCCCCCACCGCCUGCCAAGAGCAAAGUCCACCUCAAAGCGGCGGAUCGAGAUACCGAGUUCAUCACAGAAGGACGCCCCAGUUCCCAAAUCGUUCGGUCGCUCGUCUCUGGCCUCCCGAAGAUUAGUCCCGGAACUUACGCGGAGUAGAGAGGUGCUGUCUCACUCAAUAGGAUGUCGACGUUCCUCGAUAAAGUUCAAAUCUCAUGGAGGGAACAGAAAAGAGUUCAACAAACAGAACAAUGGCUUGUACGCACGGUCAGAAACUUUCUCGAAUUCCUAUUCGAUGUCAUCUUGUUCCCAAUAAUGAAGAGAGUGCACUGGAUCCCAUCCUCACGGAAGCAUCUAGCCGAAGCCGAAGAUCGCCUGAUGUCGUAUAUCGAUAAGCCUUACGCCUCGUGGUACGUGGACAUUGGGCGGAUGGGGAACAGUUCCGAUACUUGUCGGAUAUACACUAUGAGAAUGUUGAGUGACGACAAGACUGCGAAACGUUUGCCCCUCGUUCUCUUGCACGGACUGGGUUGCGGAGCACCGAUGUGGAUCCUGAACUUACCGGAAUUAUCCAAAACGCGGGACGUAUAUGCCAUAGAUCUUCUUGGUUUUGGUCGGAGUAGUCGACCGGAUCUCAGCGCCGACGCUUGGCUCGCGGAAAUGCAGAUGGUAUUCUCAAUCGAGGAAUGGCGGCGGCACAUCGGCCUGGAACGGUUUGUCUUGACGGGGCACUCUCUCGGGGGAUUCUUGGCCUCUUCGUAUGCCAUCAAGCACCCGACACGUGUCGCUCACUUGAUCCUUGAAGAUCCAUGGGGGCUUCCAGAGUUCAAUCCGGAUCGGCCCCUGGGCAAGCGGAUGCCGUCUUGGGGCAAAAUCGUUCAGUCCACCCUGAACCACAUGAAUGUUCUCGCCAGCGUUAGAAUGCUCGGACCUCUUGGCCCGAAAGUCAUGGAAAUAUCUCUGGCGUCAGGUGCUGAGCAGUAUUUCAAGGACGUGGUCAGUGAUCGGACCGUUGUUCCGAAUUACAUCUACCACUGCAAUGCCCGAAAACCAUCGGGCGAGGCUCUCUUCAAGAAUCUCAGCGUACACUUCGGCUGGACUAAAUAUCCGAUGGUUUACCGACUGUCCAAUCUCGACCCUCAAGUUCCGAUUUCUUUCAUAUACGGCUCUCUGACUUUUAUCACCAAGAAGCCCGCAUUCAAGAUAAGGGAUGAGCGGAAGGGAUCCUAUGUGGAUAUACAGAUUAUUAAGGAAAGUGGCCACAAUAUACAUAUGGAGAAGCCUGCAGAAUUCAAUGCCAAAGUCAACGCGAUUUGCGAUCAGGCGGAUCGCGAGGAGGCGAAUUUCUCAGGAGAGCGUCACCAUGCUGAGGUUGAAGUCGACUAUCGAUUAUAAGAGUUCUCAUAUUAUGAAUCAAUUUCGCUUACCCAUUCCUGUUCAUCUUCGUUUAUAUCGCCAUCGCUAUUGAUUCGUGAUUCAAUGCGUGGAUAA